GAAGCGCCGGAGCUGAAGAUGGAUCUUGUGUGGAUUCUGUUCCUUUCCGUCCUGUACCCGUACGCAGCCGGACAAGGAGUGUACGCUCCGGCCAACGCUCAGAUUGUGCACUCGGGGCAGGCGUGUGUGGUGAAGGACGACAACAUGAGUGAGAGGAUCUACACCAUCCGUGAAGGAGACAUGCUGGUGCUGCAGUGUCUGGUCAAAGGGCACCCCCGGCCGCAGGUGCGGUGGACGAAGACUGCAGGCAGCGCCUCGGACAAGUUCCAGGAGACGUCGAUCUUCAACGAGACACUGCGCAUCGAGCGGAUCCAGAGGCUGCAGGGCGGCCGGUACUACUGCAAGGCGGAGAACGGGGUGGGGGUGCCUGCCAUCAAGUCCAUCCGAGUAGAUGUGCAGUGUAAGUCUUCAGCGCCGGCUCUCGCGCGGUCCCGUCGGCCCAGGGUCUGGGUCUGGGUCGGGCCAGGGCCCGGGUCUCCUCUCUCCCCACAGCUCACCUGUCGGGGUCCGCUGACCCGGCUGCCCAGAGUCUGCCAGGGAGGGUGACGGACCGGACCCUGGCUGCAGGUCCGGAGGCCCGGAUCGGUGGGCAGCUCCGGGCGUCCCAGCGUGGUCCCGUCUGCAGGGGUAGCGUUACACCCCGCCCCAGCGGACCCCUGUAAUAGAGCCCUGCUGCCUUAUCGAGUUCCCCCAGCCCCAGGGGACCAGUAAUUGCUCUGUCAGCGGCUCACUGUGACCGCAAGUGACGGCAAACGCUUGUUCAAUUUUCUGUGCCGAGCGGGUCUCUGGCCGCGGGGGACUGUGGCGCUCGCAGGCCAGUAAUUAGUCUCGUGAGCUGCCUGCCAGUCCGAGGCCCCGCGCUCGCUGCCCCCACCCCCCUCCCAGAGGACAGCAGGGCGCCGGGGGGAUCUGCAGCCCCUGCCUGGGCAGCCUGCUAACAGAACCAAACCUCCAGAGCCAACCUGUUCCUCCCAGAUAGGCGGUUUUAUCUCCGAACGCAGUUCAAAACCGUCUGUUUGAGGUGCUUGGCAAGUUGUGUGUUUAGCCUUUGUGCAAAGCCUCGUGCCUUCCGUGUUCGGAGGCGCUGUAAAUAUUUUGCAUGUGUUUAACCUCAUUCUGAUAACGGCACUCUGGGCCGGGAUCAAAGCCGAGAGGGGGAGAUGGAGGGGGUGAAAGAAACAGAGACGAGAGGAGUGUCAAAGCUCUCACCCUCUAUUAUAUAGAAAAAACAAGAGUUCGGCCCUGUCAGUGUAGGUCCCUGCCCAUCAGUUCCACCACCAGCAUGGCCCUGGUAGUGACCUUUCACCCCCCACCUAUGACCCAUGACCCUGGCCAGUGGACCGUGUGGCGAGACUGGGCUUGAUGGAACAGAGCAUCUACAAUCGAGAUGGACUUGGUUCAGAGACCUGGAGACUCCUGUCGACUCCUGCCUGCUCUCAGCUUCCCUUGGGGACCCUGUGAGGGUUUACCGUGGUAAUCUGUGGCUCGUCAUAGUAUAAUGUAAUGUAAAGGAUAUGGAGAAUCACAGCAGAUCUCUGGGACAUGCAGGUAAUCAUGCAGCAGAUUGAGACUAAAACGUAUUAGGUGAAAGUGGUAUUGACGAUGGUAAG